CUAUAAUAUUGGUGUCCAAAUUUUGUCUUCAACGGAGAAUCGAGAGCUGAACGAGCUUCAUUCACUUCAACGACCGAAUCCUACAACGGUCUCAUUGAGGUAUUCACUCUUUGGUUUCUAGGAAAAUGGUGGAAUCGAACCUGACUUAUGAGGAAUGCCGACGCCAGAGGUUGGAGGAGAAUAAGAAGAGGAUGGAAGAGCUUAAUCUGAACAAGCUUGCUGAUGCUUUCAAAUCUUCCAGUCCUAAAUCCUCUCCGACGAAACAGCUAAAGCGUCCUCGUCAAACACUCGAUGCCUCGUCCUUCUCUGUGAGAAGGUCUAGCCGUUUUUCCGACAAGCCCCCUAUGAACUAUAAGGAGGUGCCCAUUGAACCACUUCCAGGUAUUAGAAGAAGUUAUCAAAGGAGAGAUUUGUUGAAUCGGAUUUAUGCUUCAGAUGAAGAAAGGCAAUAUGCUAUUGACAGAGCACGAGACCUUCAAUCAAGCCUGGAAUCUGAGUACCCCAGUUUUGUGAAGCCAAUGCUUCAAUCACAUGUUUCAGGGGGAUUUUGGCUGGGUCUUCCAGUUCAAUUUUGCAAGACACAUCUUCCCCGUGAGGAUGAAAUUCUAACUUUGGUGGACGAGGAUGAAAAUGAGUUCCAAACGAAAUACCUUGCCGACAAAACAGGUCUUAGUGGUGGUUGGAGAGGGUUUUCCAUUGAUCACCAGUUAGUAGAUGGGGAUGCUUUGGUGUUUCAGUUAACUAAUCCAACUGAAUUCAAGGUAUAUAUCAUCAGGACAUAUAAUUCCGCAGACAAAGAAGAUACCAAAGAGGGUUCUGACGCCACCCAAUUGGAAAGCAGUGGCAAAAAGAACAGCAAAUCAUCAGGGCACAAAUCCAGGGCAAAUAAUUCCGAGGAUAAAGGAGAUAACGAUGAGAAUUCAGAUGUCUUUCAGUUGGGAAAAGGUGGUAAAAGAAGUACUAGAUCAUCAAGGGGUAAAAGCAGGGCAAAUAAAUCUGAAGAUAAAUCAGAUACCGGCACGGAUUCCAACGUCCCCCAGUUGGGAAAUAGUGGCAAAAGAAUUACUAGAUCAUCAAGUAAAGGGAAAAAGUAAUUCAAUGUUUUCCUUGGCCGGAAGGUUUAUUAGAAGUAUCCCUUAUCCAAGGCUGAAAUUUAGAGUUCGAAGAUAUUUUGCGGAGCCUUCGCUCUCUUUGGAUUGUUGUAAUUGUAAGGUGUAACAUCAAGAUAUGAUGAUAAUGACAUGACCCCCUAGUUCUGAUGA